GAUUUUUUUUUGAUUAUAUUUUUUGGAAGAAAUUUUUUGGAUUUUGGCUUAUCUGUGGGCUUGGGUUUUUUAGAAAAAAAAAUUUUUUUAUUGAAUUUGGGUCUGAAAACAAUUUAAAAAAAUUUUCUAAAUUCUUUGAAAAAUUAAAAAAAAAUUUUUUUGGGUGGGUAGAUAAUUUUUGACUUUACUUUCUAAAUUCCAGACUAAUUUUUCCCCCCUAAAUUCCCUUUGGUUUUUAAUAAAUUUUUACAAAAAAUACGAACUUUUCCAUAUUUUCCACACUCCCCAUAUUUUUUUCUCAAAUAAAAAAAUGUUUUGAUCCUCACUUUUGCUUGCACAUAAAAAAUUUUUACAGAUUUUGUUGCUUAUAUUUUUUUGCACAAAGAGAAAAUUGUUUUAUUUUAUUUUUUUCAACUCCCUCCACAUAAACAUUUUUGUCAAAAAUUUUUUUUCUGUUUUGGACUUUGCCGAUCUUUCAUAAAUAAAGAUAAAAAUGAAUUUUGAAUUUUUUUUGUUAAAUUUUAUUUGUUUUUAAAAAUACUUGAAAUAUUUUUUUUUAAUUUUUUUUGUUAAUUAUUUUCGAAUUUCUUUUCAGCUUAGAAAAUGGAUAAUCAACCAAGUUCUUCAAAAGAUCCAAAUAUUCAGUGGAUGUAUGAUGGCACAAAAUCGAUUGUUAAUCGAGAAGAUUAUUUGCUUGGGAAAAAGAUUGACAGAAAUUUUGAAUUGUAUUCUGACGUUGUUGUUAAAGACAAGGACGAUGAGACCCGAGACAAUUUUUUUAAACAAAAACUUUUACAAAAUGGCUCUGGGCAUGUACACAAUCAAAAAAUUUCUGCGUUGGAUGUUCGAACAGUUCGUAAUGAGGAUCCGCUUGUUGCGCUUAAGUUCCAAGAAGAACAACGACGUCGACAAAUGUUAGAAAAUCCUUUAAUUAAAUUAAAAGCUCAACGUAUUUUACAAAAAGAAUUUGAAAAACAAAUGAAGAAGGUGGAAAAGAAGAAGAAAAAACAUAAAAAAUCUAAAAGAAAUUCUUCCUCGUCGGAUGAAGAAAUUUCUUCAAAACAUAGGAGGGUUGAUGAAAGAGAAAAACAUCGACAUUCGAGGGAAGAAAGAAGUAGAUCGAGGAGUAGAGGAAGAGAUGAAAGAAGGAGGGAAGAUGCUAGAAGGGAGGAAGGUCACCAUCAUCACCAUAGGGAGGUGUUUUCUCGUUCUUCAGAUGUCAAUAAAACAAACGAUUUGAGACAUUCUAGCCAUAAAGAGGAACAACAACCAAAAGAAAGGCUUCAAUCCCGUCCAAAAUUGAGUGCUGCUGAAAUUGAAGAGAGGCGAAAAGCAAUGGAUGAAAUGAGAGAAAAUAAUUUUAAAAAGACAAUAGAACAACUCAGAAAAGAGGAAAAUGAAGCUAAUAAUAUACCAAAUUUUAUAAGACCAGUUAUGGAUUCUGCAAAUUCUUCAUUGGAAAAACGCUUGCAAAGCAACAAAAUGGGAGUACAACGUUCACAUGAUCACAUGGACAAAUCUUUUUUGAAAAAAUGA